UAUUUUCUUCAAAAUAACCUAUGUUUUGUGUGUGUGUGUGUGUGCAGGGGCAGGUCUCAGCCAUGGAGGGCGACUGUCUCAGCUGUAUGAAGUACCUGAUGUUCAUCUUCAACUUCUUCAUCUUUCUGGGUGGCUUCCUCCUGCUUGGUGUCAGCAUGUGGGUGCUGGUUGACCCGCUGGGCUUUAGGGAGAUCAUGGCGGUGAACCCGCUGCUGUUCCCGGGCGUGUACGUCGUUCUGGCCAUGGGCAGCAUGCUGUUCCUGCUCGGCUUCCUGGGCUGCUGCGGCGCCAUCAGGGAGAACAAGUGUCUGCUGCUGUUUUUCUCCAUGCUCAUCCUCUUCAUCUUCCUGGCAGAGUUGGCAGCAGCCAUACUGGCCUUCCUCUUCAGGGAUCAUUUAAACAGAGACUAUUUCACCAGGGAGCUGAAACGUCACUAUCAAGGUCACAACAACUCGGACGUCUUCACAUCCAUGUGGAACGGCAUCAUGACCACGUUCCACUGCUGCGGCGUUAGCGGUCCUGAGGACUUCCAGGAGAGCCUCUUCAGGCUCCUCAGCCCCGGUCACAUGGUUCCCGAGGCCUGUUGCCAGAGGAACAGUUACCAUGGAGACGUCAGCGCGGAGCAGUGCAUGAGUGGAAGGGUGGCCUUCAGGCACAACAAGGGCUGUUACUCAGCAACCGUGAAUUAUUUUGAGAUGUACAUCUACUCAGCAGGAGCUCUGGCCAUCGCGGUGCUGACAAUUGAACUCUUUGCCAUGGUGUUUGCGAUGUGUCUAUUCAGAGGUAUCCAGUAACCACCGCGUGCACGUCCAUCGUCAGAGAGAAGGCACCGACAGGAGGGAAAAACACAGCUGUGAAAUGUGAAACGUGUUUGUACAGUGAUCGUUUGCGUGUGUCAUUGAUUUCGUGGAGUCGUUUUGUUCUUCACAACAGCAGCGAGGUGUUUGAGGUCCUGCUGCUUCAGGGCACAGUAGACAAACACACACACACACAGGAAGUAAUCCGUGACCUGCGACCUGCGGAUUACGUUUAAGUGCUGUCCACAGUGAGAGAUGGUCAAACACCAGCGAUUCAAGGUUUUCCAAUGCAGUAAAAUGGACCACAUCUGAUUUAUAUCUUUGAUUUGAUGAUUGGUCAUUCUUUAGGGUGUCUACUGUACCAUGAACAGAGAGUCACAGUUACACCGACACUGGCAUUGAUUUUUAACAUUUAACAUUUUGGACGCUUUAUUGGCAAAAAUUUUAAUAUAUACAAAUUUGUUUUUUUGUAGCUUUAGAAAAAAUCUCUCUAACUUAGCACCCGCUCUUUAUUGGUCAGUAUUGAAGUAUUUGUAAGUGGAGAAAUGGUUUAUGGAGUGGAGAAAAUAUUCUAAAUGAGCUAUUUGCAUUUUUAGUUCCUACCAAAGGAAGGCCAUGCAGAAAAAGUUUGGGAAUCAUUGUCUAAGUCAAUGUGAAUUAUAGCAUUUCACUUUACGUGGAUGAAUCCGCUCUGCUACAGCUUUUAAAAUAUUCUGGGGAACACUGGUUAUACCUCAUAUCAAGAAAACAUUUAUUCCCGUCUCUGAGGGGAGAACUGGUUUUUAAAGUCCUUAAAAAUGUACCUUUUCAUAGUGUUAUAAAAUGUUUUAACAAAAAGAUUCCAAAUGAAUUUGCGUGGUGAAUCAUGGAGACUGCAGCGACUAUUCCCAGGCUUCAUAUUUCAAAACCUACCUAUUCUUAUACACAAGAUGUUUUGAAGCUAACUAGUUCCUAUUAUUUUAGCAGUUGUAUGGGCAUUUGAAGCUAAUUGUAUCUCUGUGGGCACUAACACACUGGCAAAAUGACCAUGUCCACCUCUUCAUCGAUCUCUGUUAAGCAGGACCUCACUGAAAACCCUGCCCUUUUUUUUGUUUGCCAUUACCAUGUCAUCCCUACCUCAUCUAUUGCCUCCUCUGUACAUUUACAGGCAUACACUACCAUAUAAAACAUUUCUUACACUACCUCCAGGUCAACGAUUAUGUUCACAAACACAUCCCGCAUUUCAACUGCCUUCCUGCACGAAUAAAACUGUAUAUACUAUGAUUCAGGCCCCAGAGUCAAAAAAGAUUUGUACCACAGUUUGAUUGUCAUUUUUACAUCUUGUAAUCCAGUUUCAAUCCAACAUUUAAAGAAGGCCUGGGAAAAUGACACCUUGGAAACUUAUCUUAAAGUCAUUCACAACAGCUCCGUAAAACUCCAGGCAUCAGGUAUUUAUUUAAAAUAUUUAAAAUACAUACUUUAAAAUCUGCUCUAUUCUUGUAGCAAACAUAUAUAUUUUACUGCUAAAUUAUACAGGACCCUUACACUACAAGCUCUACCCAACUUACAGCAUGAGACAAUUCAGUAUAGAUGACUGGUACCAAUGAGGAUUCCUGCAUAGUGUUUUAGUGUCUUAGCUCUGCAGUUUCUGAUAAAAAGUGGCAUUUUUUAUUUUUUAAAGUGGCAUUGAAAAGAGAUGAAACUAUAAUAUUUAAUGUAUGUGAGCAUUAGGAGUAAAGACAGUGUGUUGUAUCUAUUGCAUAAAACAGCUUUGGUUAUGAUAUUAUAGUUAUAUUAUAGAUAUGUAGAUAUGUAAUCAGUUGCUGAUGCUGGUUCGUUUAUAUUCAUUUGUGACCAGAUUCUUUUUACCUUUUCACUUUUUGUGCAUUAUGUUUUAAUGCCCCUGCUCUUUUCCUUCAAUCCUGUAAGGCUUAUUAUUUAUUUUUUGCUGUUGUUGUUAUUAUACUGUUG